ACGGGCCCCCUCUCUCCUGCUGUCGGCGGUAGAGGACCCGUACGACACCAAUCCACCAUUUCCAUGUUCCCCCGAGUCUCUUCAUGGAAAUGUGCGUUGCAAGGAAACGCGAUGCGCAUGGGAGGGAGUAAUAUCACGCUGGAUUGAUAGCGGUACGUGUCUCACGCAAGGUGCAUGACAGCGAAAGAGACAGUGCACUUGUCAAGCCGGAUUUUUAAAAAAUAUUUUGUGGCAGAACAUCGGUGAUUAUUUUUUUUUACAGUGUUGAAUUCUGCGGAUAGCCUAAAAUCGAGGAAUUUACACCGGCCUCCUAAGCUGCGGUCUCAUUAAGCCUCUCUUCCCUUGAUAGUCGGUCCUGGCCAAUGGAUGAGAUGCUGCUGUGUCCAGCCUCGCUCUGAGGGGGUCAGGGAUGUAAGAAAAGAUCCAAACACCAUGGGUGAUGAUGUGUGAGGGCUGAGAGCAUGUACAGGUGAUGAUGUGUGAGGGCUGAGAGCAUGUACAGGAGGAAUGGGCUCCCCGCCAGCGUCAGCAUCACCUCCGCCUCUCCAGACGACAGCAGCAGUUCUGAGUCUCUGGAUGGGCGGAGCCUGGACUCGUCUAAAAGUUAUGACGCUGUUGUGUUUGACGUGCUGAAAGUGACUCCUGAGGAGUUUGCCAGCCAGAUCACUCUGAUGGACGCCCCAGUGUUCAAGGCCAUCCAGCCAGAGGAGCUGGCCAGCUGUGGAUGGAAUAAGAAAGAGAAGCACAUCAUGUCUCCUAACGUGGUUGCCUUCACACGCAGAUUUAACCAGGUCAGCUUUUGGGUGGUGAGGGAGAUUCUGACCAUUCAGACGUUGAAGAUGCGAGCGGAAAUUCUCAGUCAUUUCAUCAAGAUUGCCAAGAAACUCCUGGAGCUGAAUAACCUGCAUUCUCUGGUUGCCGUGGUUUCGGCCCUUCAGAGUGCUCCCAUCUUCAGACUCAGCAAGACAUGGGCGCUGGUCAGUCGGAAGGACAAGGCCACGUUUGAGAAGCUGGACUUCCUGACAUCGAAGGAGGAAAACUACACGCGCAUGAGAGAGCACAUCAGAUCCCUAAAGAUGGCUCCCUGCACACCAUACUUAGGGAUCUACCUGUUUGAUAUGACCUACAUCGACUCGGCCUACCCAGCAUCCGAUAGCAUUAUGGAGACGGAGCAGAGGUCCAAUCAGAUGAACAACCUGCUGCGGGUCAUCUCCGACCUCCAGGUGUCCUGUAACUACGAGCACUUGCUGACCCUCCCGCACGUGCAGAAGUAUCUGAUGUCCGUGCACUACAUCGAGGAGCUGCAGAAGUUUGUGGAGGAUGACAACUACAAGCUCUCUCUGAAAAUCGAGCCUGGGAACAGCUCUCCACGCCUGGUGUCGUCUAAAGAAGACCUGGGAGGUCCCUCGGAGGUGAGUGCGUCCGUGCGGUUCUCCAGGCGCCCCACCUGCCCAGACACCUCAGUGGGGGCACGCCUGCCCACCCCGCCCCCAGCACGCCACCGCAAGAGCCACAGCCUGGGGAACAACAUCAGCCAGUUUGGAGUAUCGGAGAGCAAGAGUGCCAUCUUCCCAGCGGAGAAACCACGCCACCUGCUGGAUGACAGUUUCCUGGAGUCUCACAGUCCUGUCCGCAACCACACACACGACUCGGUCUUCACCAACGGGGUCUCGCUAGGGAGCAGGGACAGCUCCUUCAGUGAUGAGCUGACCUCUGGUAUGGAGAGAGGCCGCAUGUACGCCACCCUGGGCCCCAACUGGAGGGUUCCGGUCCGCACGUCUCCGCGGAGCCGAAGUUACAUUUACAGUAGGCCAUCUGGGGCUGUGUCCAGUUAUGAGUGCAGUGCUCUGUGCAGCGUCACCAUGGAGGGACCCCUGCGGCGCAAGACUCUGCUGAAGGGAGGACGCAAACCUACCCUUUCGUCCUGGACGCGGUACUGGGUUGCCCUGUCCGGCACCACGCUCGUCUACUUCGGAGCGAAAGCCCUGAGGGCCAGUGAGAGGAGACACUACAAGUCCACACCCUGUAAGAAGAUCACUCUGACCGGGUGGAUAGCUGUGCUCCCAGACGAUCCUGACCAUCCCAACAUUUUCCAGUUGAAUGACCCUGAUAAAGGAAAUGUUUACAAGUUCCAAACCGGGUCACGGUUCUCUGCCAUCAUCUGGCACAAGCACCUGGAGGAGGCCUGUCGGAGCAGCCGUCCUCAGGCCCCUGCCAACCUCAUGUCAUUUGAGUAGCUGCCAGAAGAGGGUGCUAUUGAGCAUGACACAUCAGCCUCCAUCAGCAGUAACAGCAGUGAUGAGGAGGAUCCACUCUGCGGUGGGUGGCCCUUGGGGCCUUGUAUUCUGGUGAGAGGUCCUGCCUUUGUUCUACAAAGCCAAGAGGACACUGGGACUCUGGACCCGAGGCUGAGGCAUCCCAGCUGGCCUUUCCCAGCUCCUGGACAUGGAGGAGUGCAGUGUGUCUCUCUCGCUGGGCAAGCUGGUGUGUGUGUGUGUGUGUGUGUGUGUGUGUGUGUGUGUGUGUGUGUGUGUGUGUGUGUGUGUGUGUGUGUGUGUGUGUGUGUGUGUGUGUGUGUGUGUGUGCGCGCGAGUGUGAGCAUGCCCAGUUGAUGUGCAUACUAGCAUACAGCCCUGGAGACUCCUGUGUACAUUACACACACACACACACACACACACACACACACACACUGCCACAUCAAGCAUGAUUGUAAAUAAACUGUACAUAUCAUUCCAAGUGUUGUUUAAUUUAAUAUUUCUUGUAAAACAAGUGCCAACUGAUGUGUUCAUGUUAUUCAGAUAUUCAUCUUAAAUAUUGAAUGGUUGUGUCUGCACACACACACACACACACACACACACACACACACAUUGUGGUGAUGUUUGCGCAAACACACACAGACUGAAUCAUCUUACCCAUUACCCAUUACUCUCUCUCUCUCUCUCUCUCUCUCUCUCUCUCUCUCACUCUCUCUCUCUCUCACACACACACACACACACAUCUGAUCUCACAUGACAAGAACACUGAAGCCACAUGUGUGUGUAAAUGACAGCAUCUGCUGGUUUAAGUGUGUGACUGAGACUGACUGUUUUCCAAUGUUUAGUAUUUGUGUCCUGGACUUGAUAGUAUUUAUGGUGGUCUAACUGUUGAUGAAGUUGUAGUGUAGUGUUCCUAUCAUAUCCAGUACUUUCUACACACACACACACACACACACACACACACACACACACACAGUAGCAUUGUGAAGUGUGAAAGUGUAAUGAGCCAUACAGAUGUGAAAGACUGAGUUUUGUAAUUGUAAAUAAAUCAUCAGCUUUUGUUCUUCAGAACUGUAAUACAGUAUGACCUCACAAGAGUGAGAAGUGUACCUGCACUCCACCUACACCAAGUAUUUACACAAAUAUCCUCCUGUACCCACACAGACACAGACACGCACGCGCACACACACACCCACGCCCACACACACACACACACACACACACACACAGGUUGGGACAGUUUGGUCACUGGUGCACUAUACAUAACUCCUGUAUGAAACCUGUAUGGCCCUGUAUGGUGUGUGUGUAAUCUCAAAAGUGUCGUUUGAAACUGGACCAGAGAUGGACUGCGGAACAGUCUGCCUGUGUGAUUUGGGUUUGUUUGUUUAUUUGUUUGUUUUUUAAUACCACAUGUGUCAUGAAUGCUGUAUUAUCUACCAUAAAUGGGUGACCUCACAUUUCA